GCUGGCGGCGUGUCCCCGCGGGGCAGGAGGGGGCUGGUGGCCGCGGGCAGCGCAGCGCCCUUCCGAGGCGGCCCGCUCGCUCGGUGGCAAGACGGUCUGGGUCUCGGUGCCUGCCGGUCCGUGGUGGAGCUUCGCGCAGGUUUUCACGCUGCCGGCGGUGGCCGUGUCUGGACCAGCCUCAGUGGGCCUCCCAGAGCAGGGCCUCCCUCUGCUUCUCUCCCUUACCUGGCCCCGCCCUCCGCGUGUUCGAGGCUGGGGCUUCCUGGCACCUGUGGGCAUUGAGGCUUGGCUGUUUCCAGGAGCCGGCCGGCCGUGCAGCUGCACCAGCCACGGACCUUACCCGGGAUGGGAACCCUGUUCCCAUCACCAGCGGCGGAAGCUUCUGGUGGGAGAGAGGAGCAGAGGCAGUCAGAUGAAGACCAAGUACACACUGAUAGAUGAGCAAGAUAUCCCACUGGUGGAGGGCUACUCCUUUGAGGCCCGGAUGGAAGUAGAUGCAGAUGGAAAUGGUGCUAAGAUAUUUGCAUAUGCCUUUGACAAAAACCGGGGAAGAGGGUCAGGAAGGCUCCUUCACGAGCUGCUGUGGGAGCGGCACAGGGGAGGCAUUGCUCCUGGGUUUCAGGUGGUACACCUCAAUGCUGUGACUGUAGACAAUCGCCUGGACAACCUGCAGCUGGUGCCGUGGGGCUGGCGGCCCAAAGCCGAAGAGACAUCCAGCAAACAAAGGGAGCAAAGCUUAUACUGGCUGGCGAUUCAGCAGCUUCCCACAGACCCCAUAGAAGAGCAGUUUCCUGUCCUGAACGUGACCCGGUACUAUAACGCCAACGGGGACGUGGUGGAAGAGGAGGAGAAUUCCUGCACCUACUACGAGUGCCAUUACCCUCCCUGCACGAUGAUUGAGAAGCAGCUCCGGGAGUUCAACAUUUGCGGGCGUUGCCAGGUGGCCCGGUACUGCGGCUCCCAGUGCCAGCAGAAGGACUGGCCCGCCCACAAGAAGCACUGUCGAGAGAAGAAGCGCCCCUUCCAGCACGAGCUUGAGCCAGAGCGAUGACCGGGCUUCCGGACCUACCUUGGGCGUAGCAGACACAGACUGGUGGUUGACCCAGAGGUGCUGAAGAAGGCAGCGAAGUGCACCCACGGCAACUGCCACAGAGGCCCCCUCGCCACGGGCACCUCGUGUGGGCACGGCGUUCCCCUCAGUGUUCAUCUCCAAGCAGAGACGGCUGGGGAGGCUCCCACCAGGACGCUUCUCAUUAUUUAUAUGUUAAUAUGUUUGUAAACUCAUGUACAGUUUUUUUGGGGGGAGGCAGUGGGAAGGUUAGAUAUUACAAAUAGAAUCAUUUGCUGUAAUUCUUAACUGGCAAGCGGUUGGGCCACACAUUUAAAAAGUCUAAACAGUGUCACAUGGUGGAAGCUCUUUCUGGGCAGCUGCCGUCCCGAGGAGCGCGGCCUGCGUGGAGUCACGUCCACAAGGCACAGUAAAGGGGUGGAAUCAUC